AUGGUUUAUCUUACGCAUCUGGUACCCAAAGCCUCAGCACCGCCUAAAGCCACAGCAAAGCCAAGUCCAGCCGCAAAGCCAGGUCAAGCACAGAAACCAGCUCAUGGCCUAAAGCCAGCUUUAUCCAAGAAAGAGACUAAGCCUCAGAAGAAGGCUGCCACUGACAGGAGAGGUAACAUCAGCGAUGAGGAAUACCCCCCACUCCCACCUUCAAGAGAAAGCUCUCGCACAGGUGUCACACCUGAAAUGAGUGAUAUCGAUAUUAACGAUUACGAUGCUAGUGAUGUUGAAAUACCAGAUGCCGAUCCUGGCAAUGAAUUUCUCUCCUACCCUCGAUGCCCGAGCCAGAUUCUACGAGAUGAUCCGGCUAUCGAGCUCUUCUCCAAUGCAGUUGAAAGUGAGUCCUCAUCCGAUAAUCACUUAUACUUCGGUUCUGCACGACCCAAUGCUCCCCAGCCCGCGCUCCAGCCUCAGCAUCAAAGCGGACCAAGAAGCCAGCCAUUCGCUGAAAGCAGAAAGCGGGCCCACGUCGAAGAUGUUGAGAACUCAGGUCAGGAAUGGAGCCCAGAUUCUACAUCUAUAGUGAGCUCCCCUUCUAAGCGUCUGCGUACCAGUGUGGCGAGCUUACAGACUGAAGCUCAAAUGACUACUGAACCAAACUUGUCUUUUCCGAGACGCGAACUUUCUCCUUGGAGAGGCGCCAGUUCCACUAGUUCCAAUAUCAACACGGAUGGUGACUUAUGCCUCCAGCCUUCGGAUAGCACAAUCAACUCAUAUCGAGAGAAAGGAGCUCAACUAGUCGCUUGGUUAGAAAACCCAAACGAACCACACUGCAAUAUUGCCCCGGCGACCAUAACUCUACAGAAUAUGUUGACCGCCCCGCCAGCAGAUCGUUUCGAAGUCGGCAACAGUUAUCACAAAGAUCUCGGCGAUACUUUGAACGGAGGUGACCUCGAAUCUACGGGGCUUACUACCGAGGAUAACAGGUACCGCUAUACAUCACUCACGAAUAUCGUCACAAAUCCAGAGAUCCUCGAGAUACAUGAAUGUUCAAGAUUAUCUAACAGCUACGCACAUCUAAUCGGACCGGGCCUUAUUGUUGGUCAUUCCAUUUUUAGGUACGAUAACCUUCAGUGGAAUGAAAUCGCCAGGGCUUUAUAUGUCAAUGACCAUGACAUUUCCACUUUGAGGCACGUUCUGUUUACCUGCGUCAUCAAUGAGGAGACUGCACCUUAUGUCAGGCAGAUCCUGUAUCCCAGAUUUGGACGCAGUUUCCACGCUGCAACAUACGAGCCGUGCCUCAAGAUCGAACGUGGCACUCCUGAGUAUGAGGAACUCCUAGGUACAAAGUUGGGAAAAGCAACUGCCAUUCUUCUCAUAUCAUCUCUCCCCCGAGGUACAAGACGUAUCGCUCGAGCAGUCGUUUGGAAUACUUAUUCGACACUUCAGCUAAGAUUUGAGAUUGAACCUAUCCCUGCUAACCCAGAUGAUGAACCAGAAAUUGUACAGAGCUGA